AUGGUACAGAAGGCUUUGCAUCCAAUCUAUGUGAGACGAGACCCCAGCAUCCCCACCUAUGGACUCCGACAGUCUAUCUUACUGAACUCCAGGCUUCAGGACUGCUACGUGGAUUCGCCAACUCUCACCAACAUCUGGACAGCAAGGACAUGUGCAAAGCAGAACAGCAAUGCCCCAGCACCAGGUACCACCUCCUCUUGGGAAGUUGUAAAGAACCCGUUCAUUGCCAGUUCGCUCUCCCUGGUCAAGCUGGUGCUCAGGCGACAACUGAAGGAUAAAUGCUGCCCAGUACCAUGCAAGUUUGGAGAAGCAAAACCCUCAAAGGGAUUAAAGCCCAAGGAUGAUUCAGCAAUGAAAGCCACCCGGCGGGGCAGGAUAAGAAACUCCAUCAGGUCCAAGAGCAAGCAGCCCGUGGGGCAGCAGCUGGGCUCACCUAGGCGCAGGAGGCCUGCAGGAGGCAUCAGCGAGAGUAAAGAAAGUUCAAAGGAGAAAAAAGUAACAGUCAGCCAAGAUCUUGAGAACAGAUAUGCUGAACAUGUGGCUGCCACCCAAGCGCUACGCAGGGACAUUGGGACAGCAGCCUGGAAGGGCCAGGCGUUGCUUCCUGAAGCCAGAAAGAGACAGCAGUUGUCAGACAUGCUAACCAUCCACGGCCUCCCCACAGAGGGUUACCGGGCUCUGUACCACGCUGUGGUCGAGCCAAUGCUGUGGAAUCCUUCAGGGACCCCCAAGAGGUACAGCUUGGAGCUGGGCAAGGCCAUCAAACAAAAGCUCUGGGAGGCUCUGUGCAGCCAGGCUGCCACCCCCUAAGGUGCUCAGAAGGACCCGCUGCUGGGCAGGACGUGGCUGGAGGUCGACAAGGAGCCUGUGCCCAAGAAAUGGCCCAAGUUAAAGAGAGAGAAAUAGAAACAGGAACUCACCGGAUGAGGCUAUUCUCUGCUAGAUGUCUAAAAAAUAAACACCACAUUGCACCUUUCAUGCUAUUUUGAGUGCUCUACCAAUCAGUAACCACCCUCCCUGGGAAACAUGACAAAUGGGUACGAGAUUCAUUUCAGAUGAAGGACCCCCUCCACUCUCAUGAGCAGACCAUUUUGAGGGCUAGAUGCUUGGGGCUUUUUUCCUACAAGCCCCUUUCCCUUGGGGUUUGAGGGUCUCUCAGCCUCCCAGGUAGGAAAAAUCCUGGCAGAUGAAGCCAAUGGUUUACAUCAGCCUAUGUUCCCAGUUUUUAAAAAGUGGACUGCUAGGACUAUCACUUCCCUCCCUCCAUCCCUCCACACAGGGGUGAGUAGAAAAACUACCGUCACCUGAAGGACAUAAUCCCACACACACUCUAUUGGAUGCUCUCCCGUGACGCCACCUAAAUCCCCAAUAACCUGAACUCUACGUUAACAGGAGAGGAAAUUAUAUGGGUGCUCCCAUGAGUGGGCUGAAGUUAAGGCACCGCUUCACGCAAACCUCUCCUU